GUUGUGAAGCCCGACAUGUUGUUUGGGAAACGUGGAAAGAGCGGCUUGGUGGCGCUGAACUUGGAUUUAGCUGAAGUUGCUGAGUUUGUGAAAGGUCGCCUUGGUGUUGAGGUUGAGAUGGGCGGUUGCAAGGCACCGAUCACCACAUUCAUCGUUGAACCCUUUGUUCCCCAUGACCAGGAAUAUUACCUCUCAAUAAUCUCUGAAAGGCUUGGAUCCACCAUUAGCUUUUCAGAAUGUGGGGGUAUUGAAAUUGAAGAGAACUGGGAUAAAGUUAAGACUAUAUUCCUUCCAACUGAAAAGCCUAUGACAUUGGAGGCUUGCGCUCCAUUGAUAGCUACACUACCCUUGGAGGUUCGGGGGAAAAUUGCUGACUUCAUAAUGGCUGUGUUUGCUGUAUUUCAAGAUCUUGACUUCAGUUUCAUAGAGAUGAAUCCAUUCACACUGGUGAACGGGGAGCCAUAUCCCUUGGAUAUGAGGGGCGAAUUGGAUGACACUGCUGCAUUUAAGAACUUUAAAAAGUGGGGUGACAUUGAGUUUCCGCUGCCUUUUGGAAGAGUCCUGAGCGCAACAGAAAGUUUCAUUCACUCGUUGGAUGAAAAGACAAGUGCAUCUUUGAAAUUCACGGUGUUGAACCCAAAAGGACGCAUCUGGACAAUGGUAGCUGGAGGCGGUGCGAGUGUUAUAUAUGCUGACACUGUUGGCGAUUUGGGUUAUGCAGAGGAGCUUGGUAACUAUGCAGAGUAUAGCGGAGCUCCAAAUGAGGAGGAGGUGUUGCAAUAUGCAAGGGUUGUUAUUGAUUGUGCUACUGCAGAUCCUGAUGGUCGUAAGAGAGCCCUUAUUAUUGGAGGAGGUAUUGCUAACUUCACCGAUGUUGCUGCUACUUUCAAUGGGAUUAUUCGAGCCCUUAAAGAGAAGGAGUCCAAACUAAAAGCAGCAAGAAUGCACCUCUAUGUUCGAAGAGGUGGUCCAAACUAUCAGACUGGUUUGGCAAAGAUGCGCAGUUUGGGAGAGGAGCUUGGUGUACCCAUUGAGGUUUAUGGGCCUGAGGCCACAAUGACCGGAAUCUGCAAGCAGGCAAUUGAUUGCAUUAUCUCUGCAGCAUAGUUUUACAAUUCUUUUUGCUCCUCUGUCAACAUGUGUCAGAAAAUAAUUUGGUGCAAGUUUAAGAUCGAGCAUAUUGGAUUGUUGUUUGAACUCUAAAAGCUUUUUCUUCCAUUUUAAAUUUUGUAACUUUUUUUUAACCCCCAAUGAAAAUAGUUUGUUACUUUUCCCCUAGCUGAGGUGAAUAUGAAGAAUUUCAUUUGCUAUUAAAAUUGC